CAUUUAGAUGGCGACUCUCCACCACUGUGGACAGUUGCAUCAGUUCCUGUGCGUGCGUGCGUGUAAAUGGCUGCUCCUCUGAGCUACUUUUUUUCUUCUUCUUUUUUUUUUAUUUUUUUUAAUUCCCAGGACGUAGAAUAGUAAUAAAUCCUCCUCUGCUCCUCUGCUGCUCCUCUGUUGCUGUUGCUGCUCCUGCGAGGGAGGAAAAAAAAAGGCUGUGAUCAUAAUAAAGACGUCACCCUCCUGCUCGGGUUGGCCAAGUGCGCAGCUAUUUGUAAGCUACAACAACAACAAGCACGGGUAACCAUGUCCCCGGAUAACGUGCUGGUUUCUCCGGGUGCAGAGAGACACGACAUCUGCGUGGGAUCCUUAAGAAACAACCGCCUCUAAUUGCCCUGGAUACACGCGCAGAGAGAGAAAAAGGAGGAAACAGAGGGACUGCUUGUCCGCCGCGGUGCGUUAACGCGACAGACACAGGGCACGGGAGGACGCAGGACGUGGUGGAUUUGAAGAGUCAUGGAGGAAACAGCUGCUGCAGAUCCAGCCCCUGGUACUGGUGCUGCCACACCAACUCCCAGACCUCAGCCACCUUUGUUCGUUGCCUCGCGCAGCCUGCUGGAGUGGAGACGGAGGGUCAAGUCUGAAUACAUGCGCCUUCGCCAACUGAAACGCCUUAAAAAAGCCGAGGAGGUCAAGACUCUGUUCAUGUCCAACCGACAGAAGAUCGAGCAGCAGACAAAUCUUCUGAACGCAGAGUGGGCCAAGCUCAGGAUUCAGUCCACGCCUUUGUCAACUUCUGCUGGAGCGAUGGCCAAUAAGAAGAUGUGCACAGUGGAGUUUGGUUUCCCAGGAUUCAAAGCCCAGGCCAUCGCCAUGAGGCCACUCUCGACCGUGACUGGAAUCCCCUUCAUGUACUCCUGGUCGCCUCUGCAGCACAACUUCAUGGUGGAGGAUGAGACAUUCCUUCACAACAUCCCUUACAUGGGCGACGAGGUGCUGGAGCAGGACGAGGCCUUCCUGGAGGAGCUCAUUGACAACUACGACGGCGUUCACGGUGACAGAGAGGGUGGGUUCAUCAGCGACGAGAUCUUUAAAGAGCUAGUGGAGGCCUUGAGCCAGUACUCAGACCAAGAGGAGGAGGAGGAGGAGGUGGGGAAGAAGGAGGAGGAACGAGUGAUGAGGAGGAGUUCAGUGGAGGCCCCGGAAGAGGCCAAAGCUGGAACUCUGGCGUUUAUCAGGAGGAAGAGAAGGAGUACAACGGAGGUGAGGGACUUGUGCGGCAGCAAGAAGCUUCCCAAUGAUAAGAUAUUUACGGCCAUCGCCUCCAUGUUCCCCUACAAAGGCACCACGGAGGAGCUGAAAGAAAAGUAUAAGGACCUCCUUGAGCCCCCCAGCCCGGUGAAGCUGCCCCCACUUUGCACCCCCAACCUGGACGGACCCUUUGCUAAGUCUGUGCAGCGCGAGCAGUCUUUGCACUCCUUCCACACACUAUUCUGCAGACGUUGCUUCAAAUACGACUGUUUCCUGCACCCUUUCCAUGCUACACCUAAUGUUUACAAGAGGAAGAGCAAGGAGAUCCGGAUGGAGACUGAACCGUGUGGUGCAGACUGCUUUCUGUUACAGAAAGGGGCGAAGGAGUUUGUGGAUCAGAAUAUGUUACGGUCACAGAGGUCUCGGAGGCGGCGGAGGCAGCAGCGUCCCACCAGCUCCAGCUGUCCCGGGCCAUCUGGGUCAGCUGAAGAAGGGAAAGAAGGAGACAGUGACCAUGAGACCACCUCCUCCUCAGAGGGGAACUCGCGGUGCCAGACUCCCACCAAACUGCGUCCAGCAGAUGAAGACGGGGAGCAGCCGGCGUGCUGUGUGGUCCAGUGGAGCGGGGCGGAGGAGUCACUAUUCAGGGUCCUGUACGGCACGUAUUUCAACAACUUCUGCUCCAUCUCUCGCCUCAUCGGUACCAAGAACUGCAAGGAGGUGUACGAGUUUGCAGUGAAAGAAGUCCUGAUCCAUCGUGUUCCUUUGGACGAUGGAGGCAUUUCACCCCAAAAGAAGAAACGGAAACACAGGUUAUGGGCAAAGAUUCAGCUGAAGAAAGAUAAUUCAUCCAAUCAGGUGUACAACUACCAACCAUGUGACCACCCCGACCAUCCGUGCGACAGCUCCUGCCCGUGUGUGAUGACCCAGAAUUUCUGUGAGAAGUUCUGUCAGUGCGAGCAAGAGUGCCAAAACCGCUUCCCGGGCUGCAGGUGUAAGACUCAGUGCAACACCAAACAGUGUCCCUGUUACCUGGCCGUGAGGGAGUGCGACCCAGAUCUGUGCAUGACCUGCGGAGCCGCGGAUCACUGGGACAGCAAAGUGGUCUCCUGCAAAAACUGCAGCAUCCAGAGAGGCCUGAAAAAGCACUUGCUAUUGGCUCCAUCAGAUGUUGCCGGGUGGGGCACGUUCAUCAAAGAGCCUGUUCAGAAGAAUGAAUUCAUCUCAGAAUACUGCGGAGAGCUGAUCUCUCAGGACGAGGCAGACCGACGUGGCAGGAUCUACGACAAGUACAUGUCCAGCUUCCUUUUCAACUUGAACAAUGACUUUGUUGUGGAUGCCACGCGGAAGGGGAACAAAAUCCGCUUUGCAAAUCAUUCAGUUAAUCCCAACUGCUACGCAAAAGUGGUAAUGGUAAACGGAGACCAUCGCAUCGGAAUCUUUGCCAAACGGGCGAUCCUGCAAGGAGAGGAACUUUUCUUUGACUACAGGUAGAGUCACAGGCCUUUUUGUGACUCUCCGGCAGCUUCAAAAUACAGCCAAGCCGAUGCCCUGAAAUACGUGGGGAUAGAGAGGGAGGUGGACGCGACUUAGCCGCAUCCUGCUGCCUACCUCCGCAACCCGUCCAUAGCACCUCGGCCGCUCACUAACGCUUCUCUCCCUCUCUGCAGUGUCACAUCCAGCUCAUAUGAUCCCUCCACAAAUAGAAAUUCCCCUCGGUCCUCCCUCGUUCCCCCCUCCUCAUCUCUACAAGACUGCAUACGCCGAGCUUAUGAAACGAAACUAUUUAAAGUGGAAACGCUAUUACUCCACGCCGCUCAUCGCACAUUUUCUUUCUGUUCCAUCUCAUCAAAGGCUCCAAUUACCCCCCCUUCCCCCCCCAUACAGUACAGCGUGUUACUCCACCUUUUUUUUUUGUUACCGGCUUUCGUUUUUGGCGUCUCAAUACGUAUAUAAUGCAAGCUUUUACUUCGUACCUAAUGAUGAUCAGUGGAAUGCAUGUGCCGUCUCUCUUUAAUAAGUAACCGUUAAAAUAAAAAAUUAAAACAUGUUAGCCACAGCGUUAGCUUCAGUCAGCUGCUGCUCCGCGCAGUCACUCAGUAUUGUAGUGUGAUGUUAACCCUCUGUUUGUUCUUCAGUAGGAACGCGUUCCUCUGUGAACUCUGUCAGCGGCUCUGGCGUCACCGUCACAUCUCUAUGGUAAAAAAGUAGGUUACUGUGCAUUUACUAUAUCAUUGUUCUGCAAAACAAAAAAAGGAAAUAGGCAACCAGACGAGAAACCGACUGACUGAAUGUAACCUGUAGAAGAUGGUGAAGAGAUCUCAUCCCUCGUUUAUUUUUUAUUUUUUUUACUCGUCAAACCGUUCCCCGUUGGGUCCUAUGAGCAACGUACAGUUCUUUACAUUAACGUUGAACAUUAAACACCGUGUUUAUGCGAUGAACAAAAGGAAUGAGUCACAGUAUAAAUUGUCUUCCUUCGAGAUAAAUCUUUAAAAGUGCCAAAUAUUUCCACACAGAUACAGGCUGACACAGUUUUCAUGUAAAGGUUGUUAUAACAAUGGGGUAAAAAAAGCAAAAUUGUCAGCAUUUGACCAAAUAUUAAAGUCCCCCGUGUGUGAAUGUAAAUUAUCAUUUAUCAUUAUUAUUAUUUUUUAUCUGUGUCAAAAUUUGUUAUCCACUGUUUUUCAUUCAUAAAAGAUUCUGUCCCAUGUUGAAAUGAGAUCCUUCUCAAUAGCGAUGAACAUAAUGGAGUUUACUGAUGUGUACAGCAUAUGCCUAUAAAAUAAAACUUUAACUUUGUACAUUAAAA